UAGAGCCACUGCUGAAGAAAGCGGAAGUUGUCCGGUGUGCUGAGGAAGGCGGAAGUUGUCUUGGGUGCUGUGCUGGGGUCUCCGCCGGGGGAAAGCUGUGGGCAGGCAGUUCCGGCAAGUCCGGCAGCGCACCAUGAAUGCAGUGACCUAUGAUGAUGUGCAUGUUGACUUCACCCGGGAAGAGUGGGCUUUGCUGGAUCCCUCCCAGAAGAAUCUCUACAAGGACGUGAUGCUGGAGACCUACAGGAAUCUCACUGCUAUAGGCUACAAUUCGGGAGACCAUUAUAUUGAAGAACCUUGUCAAACUUCUAGAAGAAAUGGAAGGCAUGAAGGAAAUCAUACUGGAGUGAAAUCCUGUGAAUAUACUCAAAGUGAUAAAGCCGUUGCAUAUGACAGUCAUCUUCAAAGACAUGAAAGAAUUCCUACUGGAGAAAAACGCAAUCAAUGUAGUCAGUGUGGUAAAGCCUUUGCACAUCACAGUUAUCUCCGAAUACAUAAAAGAACACACACUGGAGAGAAACCCUGUGAAUGUAAGCAAUGUGGUAAAACCUUUGCACAUCUCAGUAGUCUCCAAAGACAUAAAAAAACACAUACUGGAGAGAAACCCUACAGAUGUAAUCAGUGUGAUAAGGCCUUUUCACAACCCACUAGUCUCCAAAUACAUAUAAGAACGCAUACUGGAGAGAAGCCCUAUGUAUGUUAUCAAUGUGGUAAAGCCUUUUCACAACACAAUAGUCUCCGAGUACAUAAAAGAACGCAUACGGGAGAGAAACCCUACAAAUGUAAUGAAUGUGGUGAAGGCUUUGCACGUCACAGUCAUCUUCAGAAGCAUGAAAGAAUGCAUACUGGAGAGAAACCCUAUGAAUGUCUUCAGCAUGAUGAAGCCUGUGCACAUUUCUAUACUCUUCAGCAUCAUGAAAGAAUUCAUACUGGAGAGAAACCCUAUGAAUGUACUCAAUGUGGUAAAACCUUUGCACAUAACAGGCAUCUCCGAAUGCAUAAAAGAACACAUUCUGGAGAGAAAACCUGCAAAUGUAAUCAAUGUGGUAAAGCCUUUGCACAUAAGAGUUAUCUCCGAAUGCAUAAAAGAACACAUUCGGGAGAGAAACCUUAUGAAUGCACUGAAUGUGGUAAAACCUUUGCAUAUCAUAGUUAUCUCCGAAUACAUGAAAGAACACAUACUGGAGAGAAACCCUACGAAUGUACUGAAUGUGGUAAAGCUUUUGCACGGCACACUAGUCUCCAAAUACAUAAAAAAACACACACUGGAGAGAAACCAUAUGCAUGUAAUCAAUGUGAUAAAGCCUUUGCACAUCACAAUUACCUCCGAAUACAUAAAAGAACACAUACUGGAGAGAAACCCUAUGAAUGUGCUCAAUGUAGUAAAACCUUUGCACAUCACAGUAGCCUUCAAAUACAUAAAAGAACACAUACUGGAGGAGACUCUAUGAAUGCAAGCAAUGUAGUGAAGCCUUUGCAUGUAACAGUACUCUUUCAAGUCAUGGGAAAUAAUCAUGUUGGAGAGAAUCCCUAAACAUGUAGUCAGUGUGCAAAGUCUUUGCACUUUGUGGUAUUCUUCAUUCAAGAGGAGAACCUUUAGUGUAUAAUCAAUCUUUUAAAGUCUUUGCACAUCACAGUUGUCUUUGAGAACCUGAAAAAACUCAUAUCAAAGGAUUUGGUAAAAUCUUUAGCCAGCAUUCUUAUGUUCAGUUAUACAAGAUUAUUUAUUCUGGAGAAAAAAAAAGUCUGACAGUUGUCGAAAGUCUGUUCAAGCUUAUGAUGUCCCUCUUUAUUUUGUUUGUACCUGUAAACUCAUAUGGACAAAAGCCUUAUGAAUUUAA